UUUUUUGGAGGUGGGGGUGGCGGGACGGAAGGGCUCAUUGCCCACCCUUCAAACCCCCCCCCCCGACUGCCACGAAAGGAAGUGGUGGCAAUCCAGCCCUUCCGCGCCGUGUGACCCAGCGCCAAAUGGACGGCGGGGAAGGUGAUAAUCCAUUGGGGUGCUAAGAUCACAGGCGCAGCCCUGGGGACCCCCCUUCGCCUGAAGCGCCUUCAGAGCAACCAAUCAACCAGGCUGGCAGUAAUGAACAUUGAACAUGAAAUCAGCCUUUUAGUCGAAGAGAUUCGACGACUGGGGACCAAAAAUCCUGAUGGGACUCUGAGUGUGAAAUUUGGAGUGCUGUUUGCCGAUGAAAAAUGUGCCAACCUCUUUGAAGCUUUAGUGGGGACUUUGAAAGCUGCAAAACGAAGGAAGAUUGUUAGUUAUCCUGGGGAACUGCUGCUACAGGGAGUUCAUGACAAUGUUGAUAUUUUGUUACUCCAGGACUAGCUCAGCUACAUGGCAUGUUUAUUUUUUCAGGUAAAUGAAUAUACAGAAUUUUUCUCAUGUCAUGUUUGCAUGAUGAUGUAUUUUCCUAUAUAUCUUUAUAACAGAAAUUCAAUGUUUUUCUUUGAGGUCUUUUAAAAAUUAUUUUGUGAAUUUAUCACUGGAAAUUAUUAUUAUUAGAUAAAAUCAUCUGAUAUCCCACUUUUUGGCUUCAAGCAUUAAAUUUUAAGUGGUUUGAAUAAUUUUAAUAGUUGAAAAGGGUAUUUUCCUAAUAAUUUAAUAUUGCUUGUAAUUUCAAAUUUGUUAAAAAGCUAUCAGAACCAGAUGACUCUGUGACUGUCUGCACGCACAUUUAUUGUGUGCUUCCAUUUCUCUGCUGGUAUCAAUUUGGGCACAAUGAGGUAAUAAAACAGUGAAAGUAAAUUUGAAACUUCCUGUUUAAUAGAAUUUUCAUGCAUAAUACUUCAGAAACAUUUUCUGGACUUUAGCAAUUGAGGGAUAUAAAGAUUUUAGGCUUAUCAGAGUGAGAAAAACAAGAUGUUAUGAGAAUGAUUACAUGUUAGAUGAUUGUGGGAAGAUUAUCCUCACUGGCUUUUACCAGAGAUUCCAUUUCCAUAAUAAAACAAUGAAAAGUCUAA